AUGUUAUCCACACACAAGCUCAAACUUACCUCUGUACCAUGUACAUGCCGCUGCACAUAUGCUACGUCUGCAAAUGAAUUUAUCAAUCAUCAUAAGCGUCUUGAUCUACAUGAUUGGCCUGCAUCGAAAAACCCCACACCAUAUGAAGUGUUUGGAUUAUCGUCAAAGGACAUUGGCAUGUCACGUAUUGAGUUAAAUAAAAUAUUGAAACUAAGAUAUGUAAAGUUGGUCAAGAUCUAUCAUCCGGAUACGUCAUUAGACUUGACAGAUAAUUAUGGAAAAGCACUUAGCAAUGACCAAAAGAGGAAAAGGUUUGACUUGAUUCAAGAAUCGUAUGAUAUUCUACGUGAUGCCAGGAGGAGAGUAGCAUACAAUCGAUUCAAGACUACUUCAUGGGAACAGCAAGGUCCAUAUAACCCAAGCAGUGAGCUGUUUUCAAAGGAAAGUUUUGAAGCGUAUCGAAGGGCAAACGCACAUCGUGCUAGGUACGAUUUCACCAAAGAUGAAGCAUUUUGGCUGGCAGGGACAUGGAACGACUAUUACCAAAUGAAGUAUCAAAGGCCCCCACCAACAAAAGAGGAAUUGGAAAAAAACAAAUACAAGAUCUUGUUUGGAGUAUUAGCUGUAGGAGCUUUAGCGUUUGGUUUGCAAAUUAUGAAUGCUAUUGAACGAACAAAUCAAUACUUAGUAGAGACACACAAAAUGAACUUGAAAUCUAUGAGAGAUUUGAAUCAAAGCUAUGAAGGGGAUGGCUCAUAUUCAGAGGCUGACAAUGUGCGAAAGUUUUUGAUUGGUCGAAGAACAACAAUGCGGCUGAAAAAGGACGAUUUUGGAGAGGAGGACCCUAGUGAUAAUGAGUUGUUGUACAAGUAUGCUAAAGGCAGGGUCAACAAGUGGGAUCGACAAGAACAAGAGUGGAAUCAAAGACGUCAAAACAGUUCCGAUUUGGAGCUCAACUAA